AUGGCGCACCUCGAGAAGGCAAGCGCGGCUGGGUUGAUGGCGCGCCUCGAGAAGGCAAGCGCGGCUGGGUUGAUGGCGCGCCUCGAGAAGGCAAGCGCGGCUGGGUUGAUGGCGCGCCUCGAGAAGGCAAGCGCGGCUGGGUUGAUGGCGAGCCUCGAGAAGGCAAGCGCGGCUGGGUUGAUGGCGCGCCUCGAGAAGGCAAGCGCGGCUGGGUUGAUGGCGCGCCUCGAGAAGGCAAGCGCGGCUGGGUUGAUGGCGCGCCUCGAGAAGGCAAGCGCGGCUGGGUUGAUGGCGCGCCUCGAGAAGGCAAGCGCGGCUGGGUUGAUGGCGCGCCUCGAGAAGGCAAGCGCGGCCGGGUUGAUGGCGCGCCUCGAGAAGGCAAGCGCGGCUGGGUUGAUGGCGCGCCUCGAGAAGGCAAGCGCGGCUGGGUUGAUGGCGCGCCUCGAGAAGGCAAGCGCGGCUGGGUUGAUGGCGCGCCUCGAGAAGGCAAGCGCGGCUGGGUUGAUGGCGCGCCUCGAGAAGGCAAGCGCGGCUGGGUUGAUGGCGCGCCUCAAGAAUGCAAUCGCGACUAGGUUGAACAUGAAUAACAUGCGCGUCUUUGACAUGGGUGGCGGCACCUAUGACGUGUCGAUCCUGAGCAUCCAUGAGGGGGUUAUCAAGGUGAAGGCGACAGUGGGAAACACGCAUUUGGGAGGGGAGGACUGUGACGACCGGCAGGUCAAGCACUUUGUGAAACCUCGCCCCUUCACGUCGCGUUCUGUCCCCCUUGCUCACCCCUUCCGUGCCCUUAAACCCUUCUUUCCUCCUCCCACAACCCCCGAGGAGUUUGAGCGCAAGCACAAGAAGGACAUGAACAACGACCCUGCUGCCAUGCGCCGCCUCAGGAUGGCGUGUGAGCGGGCCAAGUGUGCUCAAUCCUCGGUGCCGCAGGCGACAGUUGAGAUCGAUUCGCUGCACGAGAGCAUCGACUUCCACGGCACCAUCAUGCGGGCAUGCUUUGAGGAGCUGAACGAGGAUCUGUUCAACAAGGUGCGCCAAUGUGUGUAG